UUUUCGUAUUUGCCUGUAAAACUGCGGCUUUCGAGGGUCGUUUGGAAAAGAAAAGGCCUUGGAGGGUGAAGAACGUCCCAGCCAGAGACUUAGCGGCAGGCAGCCGAGCCUCCAGGUUCCUCUAGGGGGCAGCGGCAGCAAAGCGAACUCCGGGGAUACUCAGAGGUGGCUUCGGAUGAUCACAUGAGGGGGAGUGGCUCACAAGAGGAUCGUACGAUCAGGUCAUAACACAGAGAGGCCCCAGCAGGAAUCAACUGGUCUGGAUCAGCAUAGAAAUGGACAAGGAGAGAGGAAAUAGAGGAGCUGCUUCAGAAAUGCGCCCCCCUGUGGGGUGUAACAGAAAGAGCCCUGAGAGUGUCCUGAUGGAGAGAGCAGACUCCCCUGUACCCAGCUGUGUCUCCAUGAAGAGUGACGCGUCAAUAAAGCAACGAAUCAGAUUCUUUGAGGGAUCUUUUCCUACAGAUCAAAGUGUCCUGAUGAAGAGAGCAGACUCCCCUGUACCCAGCUGUGUUUCCAUGAAGAGUGACGCGUCAAUGGAGCAACCAGUCAGAUUCAGAGAGGGACCUUUUCCUACUGAUCAAAGAGACCAAAUGGAAGAAUGCAGUUCAGAUCUACAUGAUAAAUCGGGUUUAUCAUCCAUAUUGAAGUCACUAGAGGAAAAAGCCAUGAAAUUCCUAAAGGACGAGCUGAAGACGUUUGUGAGGCACCUAGAUCAGAAUUACCCAGAAUGCUCUGAGCCUCAGCUGGAGGAGGACAAUGACCUCGACUGUGAUGGUCAGAUGCAGAAGACCAGUGUUAGAGAGGUAGCUCUGAAGAUCACACUGUACAUCCUGAGGACCAUGAAGCAAAAUGAUCUUGCUGACAUGCUGGAGAAGAGACAGCUCAUGCUACAGGAAAUCAAAUGUAAACUUAAGAAGCAAUUUGAGUGUGUAUUUGAAGGGAAAGCUAAGGAAGGACAGCCAACACUUCUCAGUGAGAUUUACACAGAACUCUACAUAACUGAAGGGGGAGCUGGAGGAGUCAAUGAUGAACAUGAAGUGAGACAGAUUGAAACAGCAUCCAAGAAAAGGCGAACAGAAGAUACUACAGUCAAGUGCAAUGAUAUAUUUAAACCCUUAUGUGGGCGUGAGACACCUUUCAGAACUGUACUCACUAAAGGGGUGGCAGGUAUCGGGAAAACAGUCUCUGUGCAGAAAUUUAUUCUUGACUGGGCAGAAGGAAAAGCAAACCAGGAUGUUCACUUCAUAUUCGCUCUUCCUUUCCGGGACCUGAAUUUGAUUAAGGGUGAAUACAGUCUGAUUGAACUGCUUCAGUACUUUGUCCCAGAACUGAAAUCAUUUGAAUCCACUGAGCUGUUUAGGUACAAAGUCUUGUUCAUCUUUGAUGGCCUGGAUGAGUGUCGCCUUCCUCUAGAUUUUCAGAAAAAUGAGACCUGGUUUAAUGUAACAAAGAAAACAUCACUGGAUGGACUGUUGACUAACCUCAUUAAGGGGAAUCUGCUCCCAUCCGCUCUCCUCUGGAUAACCUCUCGGCCAGCAUCAGCCAAUCAGAUACCUCCUGAGUGUGUCCACCAGGUGACAGAGAUACGAGGGUUCAGUGAUGCCCAGAAGGAGGAGUAUUUCAAGAAGAGAUUUAAUGAUCAGAGCCUGGCCAGCAGGAUUAUCACACAUGUGAAAUCAUCAAGGAGCCUCUUCAUCAUGUGCCACAUACCUGUGUUCUGCUGGAUUUCAGCCACUGUGCUUGAGAGGCUUUUUAGUGAGACUGACAGGGGAGAAAUUCCAAGGACUCUGACUGAAAUGUACACACACUUCCUGAUCUUUCAGACAAGUUUAAAAAAUGACAAGUAUAUGAAAAACCAUGAAACUAAGCUUAAGGAAUACAUCAAGGAAUUCCUUUUAAAACUUGGUAAACUUGCUUUUCACAACCUUGAGAAAGGCAAUCUCAUAUUUUAUGAGCAAGAUCUGUCAGAGAAUGGCAUUGAUGUCACUGAAACUUCAGUUUACUCUGGAGUGUGCACAGAAGUCUUUAAAGAGGAGUACGGGUUGUAUCAGGAGAAGGUGUACUGCUUUGUGCAUCUGAGCAUCCAGGAGUAUCUCGCUGCUUUAUAUGUGUUUCUGUCAAACUCAUCAGCUGACCUGCUGAAGACUGCAGUGAAUCAGGCAUUAAUGAGCAAGAAUGGACACUUGGACCUCUACCUCCGCUUCCUCCUGGGCCUCUCAACAAACUCCAGUAAGACUCUGUUACAAAGGCUACUGGGGCCGACAGAAACCUGC